GCUAUUGAGUUGGUUCCGGCUGUUUUAUCUCUCGUUUGUCUAUUCAUAUGCUACAACCUGUCUUUCUUGGUUUUUUGUCUAUUCACACCUUGUAUUAAGCUUAUCUUGUAGAGUUUUUCUUCUUUUCUUUAUAAUUUGCGAGUUUUUCCUUCGUCUUGCAUCUGUAGGAGGUCCAAUAUUAUUGCUACCUGCUACUUUCCCUUGUUUCCUUUCUGGGUUUUCCUUUAUCUUCUCUGUUCCCAUCCAUUUCAGCCUCCAAAUUUAGCACUCGCUCUCUCGCGUCAUAAAAUAUCCUUUAAUUGGCUGACUCUUUGGAUGAGGACACCAGUAAUAUUGCUACAACAGUUCGGAUUCGGCAUUUGAUUAAACAAGCUAAAAAAAAUGAAGUGUUUCUUCGCCUUCAAGGACAAACUCAAGAACCAGAGAAGAUCAAGAUCCGCUCCAGAGUUGCAAAGCAAAAGUAAAUCAGAUAGUUCGGCUGUAAAGCGAGGCACCAAGUCAUCCAGUUCAUUACCAUCGCCACGGAGCAUACCGGAAUUGUACAAAGCAAGGGAGCAAAAGUUGAGAGUUUUCACUUACAACGAGCUGAGGGAGGCAACGAAUGGUUUCAACAGGUUGCUAAAGAUUGGAGAAGGUGGUUUUGGGAGUGUGUAUAAAGGCACUAUUAAGCCUUCGGAUGGUCAAGGCGAUCCAAUUGUGGUUGCCAUAAAAAAGCUUAACACGAAAGGCUUGCAGGGUCAUAAAGAAUUCCUGGCAGAAGUUCAAUUUCUUGGUGUUGUCAAUCACCCAAAUCUAGUGAAACUUCUGGGAUACUGUUCUAUUGAUGGAGAAAGAGGGAUCCAACGGUUGUUAGUGUACGAGUUCAUGCCUAACAGGAGCCUUGAAGCUCAUCUUUUCAACCGGGCAUCUCCCACAUUGCCGUGGAAAACAAGAUUAGACAUUCUCCUUGGUGCAGCUGAAGGAUUGGCUUACCUACAUGGGGGACUGGAAGUUCAGGUGAUAUAUCGAGAUUUCAAGUCCUCAAAUGUGCUCUUGGAUGAAGACUUUAAGGCAAAGCUCUCAGAUUUUGGGCUUGCUAGGGAAGGGCCACAGGGUGACCAUACUCAUGUAUCCACAGCGGUGGUGGGGACAUAUGGAUAUGCUGCCCCAGAAUAUGUUGAAACAGGCCACCUUACAAUCCAUAGUGAUAUAUGGAGUUUUGGUGUUGUGCUAUAUGAGAUUCUCACAGGUAGGCGAGUGUUGGAAAGAAACCGUCCCACAGUGGAGCAGAAGCUUCUAGAGUGGGUGAAACAGUUCCCGGCUGACACUGGUCGGUUCAGCAUGAUAAUAGACCCGAAACUCAGAAACCAGUAUCCUAUUGCUGCAGCUCGGAAAAUUGCUAAGCUGGCAGAUAUCUGCCUAAACAAGAAUGCCAAGGAUCGGCCGGCAAUGAGUCAGGUUGUAAAGAGCUUGAAAGAAGCAACACAAAUGUCAGAAACUACUGCUGGGAAUAGUAGUUCUAACUCAUCUGGAUCAAAAAGUUUCCAGAGGAAACCGAAGUAGGAUUAUAAAGAGAAGUUUGUGAUCACGAGGAACCCGAAGAACCAUGAACUUUUUGUUUCUUAAUCUCUCAGCAUUUUUAGGUGGUUUAAAAGCCUGGAUAGCAAGCAUAUUUGCGGCACACCUUCUAUUCCUAUUCAGGUUUCGAGACACCGACAGCAUGUAGAAUUGGAUGGUUAUGGGAGUUUUUGAUCGAUUCAACUUGGUUUAACCAUGCAAAGCCCUGAUGCUUGCUCAAUCAUCUCUACCUUUUUGUUCCACACUUUGAAAUUUUUGAUGCGAUGAUGAAAGGAGGUGUAUAGAUAAUAGAGAUUGGUAUGUGGAAUGGUUAUAAAAUCUUUAUAUUGAAUUUUGUGUUCCAACUCUUGUGAGUUAAAAUGCAACAUAAAUUUCUCUUUUUAUAUUUUA